AUGGCCGCCCAGCGGAGCACGGCGACGGGCGCUUCGCGUAUCCGCGCCCUGGGCGAUGACACGAGAACACGCACGCCGCGGCCAAGGGCCGACUCGGACCUGGACCCGGACAGCGAAGAGGAGGAGCUGAUCGAGCUUUCGGCGUCGGUGCCGGCGAACGUGGGCCGGGGGGCGCUCGGCCAGUCUUCGACCUCCUCAACAUCCCAACGAUCCUCUGACCGAAGAGCGAACGGGAAAUCCUCCCCGCCUCCGCCUAACGCGCCCUCUCUUCCCCGAUCACGGCGGGGCACGAUGUUCGGCCGACCACGCCUCCUUCGACGACGAAGGGUCCUCUUCGCCCUCCUGGCCGCUGCGCUUCUGACGCUACUGUGGCUGCAGCACGGCGCGCUGACUCGAGAGCAAGAGGCCGAGGAAUGCGAGUUCAAAUCCGUCAUGGACGCGUAUGAGCGGGACCUGGCGCGCAUCACUGGGUCGAGGAAACAGGCGCGCAGAUUGCGCUGGUCGGCCAGCGACGCCGGCCACACCCUCAGUGCGACAGGACACCUCGUCCUCGGCCCGUCGGGGCAGCACCCGAUCCCGCAACUGUUGGCUCUAGGCGAGCGGAGAUGGAACGAACUCCUCUCCUCGCAGAGCCAGACGCUCGGCGAGGCCGUCGCAGAGUAUAGGAGGCGGUACGGCCGCCCCCCGCCUGCGGGGUUUGAGAAAUGGUGGGCAUUCGCGAAGAAACACGGCAUCCUCCUUCCGGACGAGUAUGACGGGAUCGAGUCCGACCUGGCGCCGUUCCACGCGCUGCCUCUCUCCGAACUGAGGAAGAGGCAGGCCGAGGUCGAGGGCUGGGACGAGGUGUUCAACAUCCGCAUCCGGAACGGAAGCAUGGACGUGGACCUGCAUCAUGGUGCGCUGAAGUGGGGCGGCUCGAUGCCGCGCGCCGGCGACCAGGCAUCGAUCAUUAGUGUCGUUGCGAAGGAUCUGCCAGAUCUGACGGCCACGUUCUCAAUCUUCGACCAGCCGGCACUGUAUCUCCCCUACGGGGCGCGGGACGCGCUCUCAGACGCAGCGAGGGAGGGCCGCACGCUGUCGCCCGAGGUGCUCGCUGCCGCCGAGUCCACGAGCGGAGAAGUGGAGUGGGACACGAUCUGCUCCCCCUACAGCCCCUAUGGGGCGGAACAGCGCGAGUCUGCCGCAUUCGUGUACGACCCGCGCGAGGCGGGGAAUAUCUGCUCCAACCCCGCUCUGCUAGGUCUGCACGGCCUGGCCCUGGAGCCGCACACACGGACCUCGAAACCGGCCCCGCAUGGCCGAUUGCUGCCCCUCUUCAGCCUAGCCAAGACACGCGUGAACAGCGAUAUCCGCGCCAUCCCGCUGGACCAGUUCAACGAGCGCCGGCCAAACGACACGGCCUGGCACCUCAAGGAGGGGAAGCUGGCCUGGCGCGGAAGCAACACGGGCAUGGCGAAUAUGAGCGCGAGCGUGGACUGGGAGAACUCGCACCGCGUGCGUCUGCACCGCUGGGCGAACAGUAACUCCUCCUCACCCGUGACGUUGCUCGAGACGACCAUGGGGGGUUUCGUAGGGUAUAAUACCACGACGAGACCCGCCCGAGUACUGCAGGAACGGUACGACGUGAAGCUGGCGCAGAAGCCGAUCCAGUGCGAAGAAGAGGACGGGACGUGUGCGCGUCUCGCCCAGCUUGGUUUUGCGCCGUACCAGAGUCCAGAGGAUCUGCAUGGGAAUCGGUUCCUGCUCGAUGUGGAUGGGAAUGGGUGGAGUGGGCGGUUCAGACGGCUGAUGGGCACGAAUUCGCUGGUGAUCAAGGCGGGCAUGUUCGCGGAAUGGUGGCAGGACUGGCUCGUCCCCAAGCUCGACUAUGCCGAUCUGCCCAGCAUCAUGGCCUUUUUUGCGGGCCCCGGUGGGCCUAAUGGCACAGAAGUGGCAUUCGACGACACGGCCCGGACGCUGGCGCACAACGGGCGCUGUUUCGCAGAGCGCAUGUACAGACGCAGAGACGUGCAGGCGUACAUGUUCCGACUCCUUUUGGAGUGGGCGCGAUUGACGGGCAACAGCGGGGAUUUCGACUAUGAACGGUGGAGGAGGGAGGGUGGGGAGGAGUGA